AUUUAUGUGACUCAAAGAAAGCUUGUGGAUUAUGCUUUAUGCAUUGAUUUUAGGCCUAGCACGAAUUCUGAAGUAAUAUUUGCAGAUAUUAAUUUAUUAUCUUGUCUUUCAUUAAUUUGGGAACCAAAGUUCCCAGCCUUGCCAUUGCACAACAUAAAAUUUAGUAAUACUUGUUUUAGGAAAUGGCCAUUAAUAUGCAUGGCAGCUUUAUGUUAAAGAAAUAAGAUUUAUGGUUAUCCUCUGUAGGCCUAUGUCAGUGGGUAACUAGUAGUGUUUUCUUUAUUUUUAUUGUUAUUAUUAUUAUCAUUAUCAUUGUAAGUUGUUGUUAAUAUCAUCAUCAUCAACUUUAUUAAGAUGAUAACUGUUGCUCUCAUUAUGGUUACUAUUUUUAUCAAAAUGGUAAACCUGAGAUAUUUGUUAAGAUCAGCCUACCUCACAAAGAUCUUAUGCAUGGGAAUGUAUCCCACCCCUAUUGGGUUGAGCUUUGCUCCUUUAGUCAUAUGUGAGGGUAGUCUAAACCAAUGCCGAGAAAAAUUAAUACUUUCCCCAAAGAAAGCAGCUGUCUCUAGCUGUUAGAUAUGUCACACAGUACAGAUUGACAGAGCUUAUCCUUGAAGCCAAAUAGACCAGUCAUGGCUGCUGGAGAUGAGAUAAGUGAAGCAACAUCAAUCACAGAAGAAGAGAUUCAUCCCCUGAAUACCUUAGAAGAACUUCUCAAAUGGAGAGAACCAAAGAGAUGUGUUGAAGAGAUACAGCAUGUUACGCAAUUGUGUUCUUACACUUGUUCAAAUUCAUCAACCCAUCCUCUCACUCUUGUGUGCCACGACAUGGAGGGAGGCUACUUAGAUGAUAGGUUCUACAAGGGAUGCAAGAACAAGGAUGCAUAUAGGUUCUACAAUUGGUCUGGUGUUAAUGCAUUUACAUACUUUAGCCACUCUCUAGUGACAAUACCCCCUCCAGGUUGGAUUCAUGCUGCACACCUGCAUGGGGUUAAAGUUCUAGGAACAUUCAUCACAGAGUGGGAUGCAGGAGCUGAAAUUUGUAAUAAAAUAUUAGCUGACAAGUUAUCAGUCCAGAAUGCAGUACUGCAGUUGACCAACAUAGCCAAGUACCAUGGUUUUGAGGGAUGGCUUCUCAAUAUUGAAAACAAAAUAAACCCUGAACAGAUUGGCAGAUUAACUGACUUUGUUGAAAGACUGACAUCUUCUAUGAAGGAAGUUUGUCCUAAUGCAAUGGUCCUGUGGUAUGAUAGUGUCACUAAAGAAGGAGAACUGAAAUGGCAGAAUGAACUGAAUGAAAUGAACAGGCAGUUCUUUGAUGUCUGCGAUGGAAUCUUUCUCAAUUACACCUGGAAUGAAGAUGGCCUUAUACGAUCCAGGGAAGCUGCCGGUGAAAGGAAAUUUGAUGUCUGGGUUGGGCUAGAUGUAUUUGGAAGAAACUUCUAUGAAGGAGGGAAAUUUAAUACAUACAAGGCCUUAGAAGUAGUCAGAGCACAGGAACUGUCAGCUGCCAUCUUUGCCCAAGGUUGGACGUAUGAGACACAGGACAACUUUGUAGAGGCUGAAAGCAAGCUGUGGCUGUCUCUGUCACCCCACCUCUGUCAUCAUGGACCAGCAGAUCUACCUUUUAAAACUUCCUUCUGUCAGGGCUUUGGAGAGAAGUUAUUUUCUCAGGGUGAGGUAGUGUGCAGUGACAGCUGGCAUAACCUAUGCAAACAGCAGUACCAGCCUCUGUGGUCUCAGGAAGUUGAUGGUGGGACCUUGUCUUUGGUUACCAGUGAUGCUUUCUCUGGUGGAGGCUGUUUAAGAUUAACAACUUCAAAGCCAACUAAAAUCAGGUUGUUGACUUGCAAGAUAAGCUGGAAGGUUGCUCUGGUAAUAUCCCUAACAUACAAAUGGCAGAGCAAAUCUACGAUCCCUUUUAACUUGAUUCUUCGGCACAAACUGAUAGCAGGAAACUCCACUGGCCAACCAUUGGAAGAAGAUAUCAUCUUGCCUUGUGAGGAGGACACAAGGAAAGAAACAAGUGAAAACUGUCCAAGCCUUGUGGUUGACACUGAUGUUAAUGGAUGGAGACAGAAGACGUUCUCUGUGCCAGAGGAUGAAGGAAAGGAAGUGUGUGAGGUAGAUAUUUGGGUUGAUGGAGAGGCAUCAGUUCUCAUAGGAGAGUUACACAUCUACAAUCGAUGCAUUAAAGGUUUAGAAAAAUAAUUGUAAACCAUGCUGGUGGAGCCCAGAAAAAGAGCCUGUAUUGCAGUAACCUGGAGAAAAUAGUUUAAGCAUUUACUUCUAUUGGAUAGUCAGAGUUAAUUCCACCUGCAAGGACAGAUAAACCAGCCAUUAAUUGUCAAACCUUUAACAUGACAGAUUAAUAAACAACUGUUGCUGUCCUUUACCUCUUUAACCACGUGCCUAAGUAUGACAGAUUUAUGUAUAUUUUAGCUUAGAGGUUUAACCCUUCCUGGUAAGGGAGAACUAGCUUACAAAUAGAAAUAUUAUUAUUUUUUUGUACUCUAUUAUCACAUAUGUUGAUGUUGUGAAUGGUAAUUUAUUGGUAAUAAGAAUCAGAGAAAUUGACACAAACUCUAACACAGUAAUGUGUACACAAAGAUGAAAAGGAAAACAGCCAUAGUAAGAUAUGAAUAUAAACCAUAACAUUUCAAACUCUUCACGAGUUACUUUUCAGAUGAAUAAACGGAAUUUGAACUUCUACUUCAGCUUAUUUGUCUGAAGAGGAACUCAUGAAGAGUUUGAAAUGUUAUGAUUUAUAUUCAUUUCUUACUGUGGUUGUUUUCCUUUUCAAUAAGAGAAAUGUUUAUGUAUACAGAAUUUAAAAGCCAAAAGUUAUCUUAAUAAGUAAGGUAAGUAAAACUGCCCAUUGAAUUUGAUAGGAACUUAAAACUAAUCCUUAGAAUACCAAUUUAUUAAAUUGCAUUUGAUAAAUUGAUGUAAAUCCAAAUAUUAUGAAAAAUUUCCUCUUGAUAUUUUAAUGUGAUAUUUAUGAUCACUGAUUAUUGACAAAAGCAUUUUUUGAAGGAUUUAUUAUUAUUACUGAAAAGCAUUCAACGAUGUAUACUUUUGCUUUCAGUGUACUGUAUUUUGAAAAUCAAAAGCUAAACAAAAAUAAAAAUAUUGUUACA